GUCCUGACCACACCUUUCGCUUCGCUAUGUGUACAUUCAAAUCGUAUUACAGCGGAGUCGUUCAAUAUAACUAUGAUGAGGUUUAUAUGACAUUUUCAAACAUGUCACAAUAUUCUAAAUAAUUGUAAUUUGCAAACCAGCCCUGGUUUAGAUAAAGAGAAAAGUAUGAUUUUUAGAUUUUUGUUCUCUGAGUAAACAAUUGGUUUUGUAGGCCAAAAUAUAAUAGUCUUUAUAUUUUGCAAAAUAAAAAAGUUAUUAAUACUUGACGUAGUAAUUAUUAAAGAAAGUAAUUUUGUGAAUUAAUAUGCUUUUGUAAUUAACGCACAAGUCAACGAAAGCACAUAUAUAUAACUUCGUAUACACGCCUGUAUACACAUGUAUACAUAUAUAUAGAUUACAAUAAAUCCAGCAAUAAUUAUUAUUAUUUGUUUGCUUAGCAAAUAGUUCGCACUUUACUGCGAAUUUUAUCAGUAGUAACAUUUAUACAUUAUGCAACGUAUUGCUAUAAUUGGUGGAACCGGAAUGACCGGCGUAUGCGUCGUGGAUUAUGCUUUACAAAAAGGUCUUCAAGUACGUUUACUGUAUCGCUCUGAGGCCACCGUACCCGAACGUUUUAAAGGCAAAGUUGAACUUUGUCAGGGCAAUGUUGUAAACUACGAUGAUUGUAAACGUGUUAUUGAAGGAGUUGACGGAGUUUGUGUUAUAUUAGGUACGCGUAAUAAACUUGAAGCCACCACUGAACUUUCAAGAGGCACAGCAAAUUUGAUACAAGCUAUGAAUGCUGAAAAUAUCAAACGAUUUUCGAUCGUUAUGUCUUCAUUUCUAUUCCGUCCCGAUUCCGAAGUGCCUGCAAUGUUUCAUCGCUUAAAUGAUGAACAUCGACGCAUGUUGGAGUUGACAAAGGCAUCUAAUUUGGAAUUUAUAGCCAUUUUACCGCCACAUAUUGCCGAUGAACCAUCAACAGCAUAUACCGUUUUGCAUGACGAAGCGCCAGGCCGUUCUAUCUCCAAAUAUGAUUUGGCCAAAUUUAUUGUGGACUCUUUGGAUCAACCUGAGCAUUUGGGUCAAGUUUGCGGCAUUGCCAAGAAAAAUGACUAACGCAAUGAAAUCCAUUUAUAGUGCCUUUAAUUGAAAAGAAUUUUAACGACAUUAUACAAAUAUGUGCAUGAUAUGCAUGACGCGUAUUUCAUUUAUUUGUACAAGUUUUUUUUGUUUUUUUUUUGUAAACUUAAGCAUUUACAGUACUAUAAUAUGAACGAACAGUUUAAUGUAUGUAUAUUUUUAUAUAUAUUUAUACUUUGGUUCCUUCAAUUAACAAUUUAAAUUAUGAAAUCUAAAUGGGUGCUUAAGCAAAAAAGAAAAUCGUAUUAUUUUUGUAUUAUAUUGGAUUUGUCUAAAGUUUCUAAUGUCUAGACGUAUUGAAAUGAACAAAAUUUGAUUUUUUUUCAUCACAAUUCGA